AUGAUGGCGCAUGAGGACACAAGAAAAGAAAAGCUAUCAAAGCGCCACGCGGCUGCCAGUAAUGCUAGCAACAAGAGAUCACGAAAUGAUAGUUCUGAUGAAGACGAUGAUGCUUCAGGAGAUAGCGAGUCAGAGGAAGAGAAUAAACCAGCUCCUAAGAAAGGUUACAAACUGUCCCCGGCUCUAUCAGAACUCAUGGGAGAAACUGAAAUGCCGAGACAUGAAGUAGUCAAACGAGUUUGGACAAUCAUUAAAGAGAAGAAUCUAUAUGAUCCCAAUAACAAACAGUUUGCUAUCUGUGACGAUGCUCUGUACAAAGUGAUAGGAACAAAACGUUUCCGCACCUUUGGCAUGAUGAAGUAUCUCAAAACGCAUUUCCUCGAUGAUUAA